CUUUACUAAUUGUCAUCUUCUUCCUUUGUCUCUGUCCAUCUUUCUUUGUACAAUAUAUAAACCAAAUAGCCAGUUUACUAUAUUUCAGACAAAAAGAGAAAGAAUACAAUGGAGAUAUUGUCACAACUAUGGUCAUUACUGGGACUACUCACGGUCCUCCAAAAUGUGUUACCAUCUCAACUCCUUUCCUUGCUUCACUCCCUCUAUGAGUCCCUCCAAGACCUCCUCAGCCCUUACUCCUACCUCGAAAUCCCCGAAUUCAACGGCUACUGCGGCGUCGACGUCAACGAUCUUUACCGUCACGUCAACCUCUAUCUCAACGCCGUUGACCCCUCCGCCAGCUCCUGCCGCCGUCUCACCGCCCUGCUUUCCCGCUCCAACUCAUCUAUUAACAACAACAAUAACACUAACAACCGCCACGGAUUCUCCUUCGCGGUGGCCCCCAACCACUCCGUGCGGGACGCCUUCUGCGGCCACACCCUCACGUGGACACACCACGUGGAGGCCGUCCCGGAAUCGUUGGAGGAGCGGCGGAGCUUUGUUUUGAAGCUCCCGAAGCGCCACCGCCAAACCCUACUCUCGCCUUACCUAGACCACGUGAUCUCACGCUCCGAGGAGUUUGAGCGCGUGUCCCGCGAACGCCGUCUCUUCACCAACAACGGCCACGGGUCCUACGACUCCGGCUGGGUCUCCGUCCCCUUCCGCCACCCCUCCACCUUCGAAACCCUAGCCCUGGAGACCCAACUCAAGAACCAAAUAACACAAGAUCUCACAUCUUUCGCCAAUGGAAAAGACUUCUAUCAUAGAGUUGGACGUGCAUGGAAGCGCGGUUACCUCCUGUACGGCCCACCGGGGUCCGGCAAAUCGAGCCUUAUCGCCGCCAUGGCGAACUACCUCUGCUACGACGUGUACGACCUCGAACUCACAAAAGUCUCCGACAACUCCGAACUUCGGGCACUUCUCAUACAAACGACAAACCGGUCGAUCAUCGUUAUCGAGGACAUCGACUGCACGGUCGAUCUGACGACGGACAGAGCAGCGGUUUCAUCAAAGCCCGGUCGGAAAAGAUCUUCUUCGUCUCAGCCGUCCGAUCAUCAUGAUCAAGGCCAGGACCAAAGCGGAAGAGUGACGCUUUCGGGUCUUCUCAACUUCACUGAUGGACUCUGGUCAUGUUGUGGAGAAGAGAGGAUUAUUGUGUUUACGACAAAUCAUAAGGACAAUGUGGACCCCGCUUUGCUCCGGUGCGGGAGGAUGGACGUGCACGUGAGCCUCGGCACAUGCGGACCGGCGGCGUUCAGGGUGUUGGUGAGGAACUACCUAGGGCUGGAGAUGGAUGAGACGGAGGAGGAGGAGGAGCACCGCCGGCUUAUGGAGGCGGCGGAGGAGUGUUUGCGGUCGAGCGGGGCCCUCACGCCUGCGCAAAUCGGGGAGAUACUGCUGAGGAAUAGGAGUGAUGCUGCGGCGGCGAUGAGGGAGGUGGUGGCGGCGAUGCAGGCGGCCGGGAGGAUGGCGGCCGCCGGUGGAGGAAAUAGGGAUCAGGUGAAGGAGUUGUACUGUCAUGAACAUGAAGCCGUGGCGGCGGGGAGGUUGUCGCCGGAGAGCGUGUUGAUGAGGGGGUCACCAGAGAAUUGGGUUUCGUCGUCGCCGGGGAAGAAGAAGAAGAUCAAGUUUCUUGUGAGGCUUAGAUCGUUGACCAAGUCUGACUCAGGGAGAAGAGGUGUCUGACCUUUUGAAUAUAUGUUUUGUUUUUGUUUUUUUGUUUUUUUUGUUCUUUUGUUUGUUUGGCUUUUAGAUAAGUUUUAUUAACCAAUUUAUUUGACCUGUUUUGGGUGAUUAUCAAUAUAAUGAUCUUUCAACUGUUUUAAGUGUAUGUUGUAAUUUUUAGGGUCAGAUUAAGUAAUAACUGUUUUCCAAUUAAUUUAGCUCAGAGCUUUGCAUAUCA